AUGGGCCACCAUUGUGCAAACUAUUCGGAACACGUACUCCAAAGAAAAACAUAUUUUGCAAUGAAACAAGAAGCAUGUAGAAAAGACGUGGAACGCGCUUUUGGAGCUCUCCAAUCUCGUUUUGCAAUUGUGGCUGGACCAGUUCGUUUUUGGAACAAAGAUGUGUUGCAUGAUAUAAUAACUACAUGUAUAAUUUUGCAUAACAUGAUAAUCGAAGAUGAACGCAAUCUCACUGGACCUAUUCAAGUUGCGAGAGAAGUGCCAUCCCCGGAUGUCGAAUUAGUGGUGGAUGAAAAUACUCAGUUUCAAGAAUUUAUCGCUCGCCAUAAACAAAUCAGGAAUCAAGAUGCCCACAUUGCAUUACGAAAUGCAUUAAUUGAGCAUUUGUGGGAUCAAUAUACUAAUUCUAAUGUUUAGUUGCUCUUGUAUUUUUUUU